AUGAAUCGAUUUGUUUCUUUUUUGACUAGUGUUGAGUCUGUUGAAAUGAUAGCAAGAUUGAUACGAAGUGCCGGACAGUUUAGUCCAUGGCUCAAUCGUAACAAAUACCCAUUAGAUAAAAUGCCUUCGUUUUUCCGCACGUUGUCGUCGCGAUUUCGUCGAGCACCUCGCGGCGACGCUGGCUCGAAACGAUCCGACAGCGAGCGCAUUGAUACUCGUCGCCAAGCCAGUUGCAAAGUCAUUCUGUUGGAUGGCACUGAUCUCAACGUUGUCGUUGCGAAAAAUGCGCUGGCAUCAGAAGUUUACGAUCAAGUCUUCUAUUCCUUGGACUUGGAGGAAAAGGACUACUUUGGAUUACAGUUUACUGACCAUUACCAUGUACAACACUGGCUUGACCCUAUGAAAAAGCUUGUGAAACAAGUGCCAAUAGGCCCUCCAUACACGUUCCGGUUUCGAGUGAAGUUUUACACGACGGAACCGAGUAGCAAUCUCAAAGAAGAGCUUACAAGGUAUCAGUUCUUCUUGCAACUAAAACAAGAUAUUCUCUCUGGGAAGCUUCCAUGCAGCAAAGAAGUGGGUGUAGAACUGGCAGCUUAUGCGCUACAAUCAGAACUCGGCGACUACAAUUCUAUCGAGCAUGAUGCUUUGUUUAUUUCUCAGUUCCGUUUUCAUCCCGAGCAAGAUGCUCAAAUGGAGAUUGAGAUCCUGGAGCGAUAUAAGUUAUGCCGAGGCCAAACUCCAGCCCAAGCAGAGGCCAAUUACCUGAAUCGUGCGAAAUGGCUGGAACUCUACGGCGUCGACAUGCACACUGUGGAGGGCAAGGACGGAAAUCAGUAUUCCCUUGGCUUGACUCCCUCUGGUAUGCUCGUUUUCGAUGGAAAGGAGAAGAUUGGACUUUUUUCAUGGGAAAAAAUCCAGAAGCUUGACUUCAAGAACCGCAAAAUUACGCUCGUCGUCGAGGAGGAUGCCGAUAAAUCAGCAACCGGACAGGUUCAGUUGCAUACUUUUGUGUUCAACCUAACGUCCCAUAAGGCUUGCAAACAUCUGUGGAAGUGUGCUAUUGAACACCACACGUUCUUCCGGCUCAAAACACGAUCCUGUGUCAAGCAUUCUCGCUCCCAAUUGUUCCGCCUAGGAAGCACCUUUAAGUACCGAGGUCGUACCGAGUACGAAACCGUUCACAAGGAUGGCGCACGUCUGUCACGAAGAGCGACGGCCACCUUUGAGAGAAGGCCGAGCCAGCGGUAUGGUCCUCGACAAAGCCAUGCACAACAACGCAAAUCAGAGCCAGUACGAGAAACAUUCUCUGAGCCACUCACGGCCAAACCUAGAAAUUCAUUAGCUGCUACGGAACAAUUAGUCAGCCAUCUUACUGUAGGAGAUGAGGUAGAUAAUAGUAGGACGACUGCACUACCAACGCAACCAGUGAUCCCGCCUCCACUUAUUGCGGCUCCGACAACAGCAUCACGGAUCACUCAGCCGUUGCCUUACACAAAUCCUUUUGCUGCCGAUGUCAACAAUAUAUCGCUCGGACAAGCUCAAAUACAACCACUGCCAACUACUGCACCAACACUGCCUUCACCACAUAUCACAAUGAUUCCGAUCUCAGCAGUGAAGGAAAAGAGCUCUUCCCCCAUGGAAGAGAAGUUCAGCUCAUUCCCUGAUGCAUCUUCGGAGCAGCCGUCUUCGCGCUCCUCAAGCAGGAUACCGAAGUACGUGCUCACAUCAAUGGAAAAGGAGCAAACAAACGAGUCUGGGUCGAAAGUCUCUUCUGCACCUACAGUUUCUCCCUCACCUGCCAAACCCUCAAAUCAUACAGAUCAUCUUGUGAUAGAUCGUGAAAAUGUUUCACCCACUUCUCUCAUCUCUCCCUCUAACCCGAAACCGAAGCCUAACACUGGCAUACCGAAGCCAUCAAAAAUUCGUCCUCCCAGCACAAGGUACAAGUCAGCCGACACUAACGCUCACCAGGAUGAGACGCGGAUAUCUCGAAUUCCAAAGUUUUCUGAUGGUCCCGGUUUACGAGCUACAAACAACGGGUUAAGCUCCUUUACUGGACCCACUCACAUCCCAAUCAAAACUGGAUUUGACAGGACUUCACAGAGUAGACUUAUUACUGAUUUGUAGACAUCAUUCCUCGUUAUUGUUACCGUUCCAAGCCUAUGAUGAGCAUACUCAGUGGGAUGGGUAGCCUAUGCAUUAUCAGCAUCUCUGUCUAAUCGUUAUUCAUCUCGGUUACCCUUGCAUAAAUUAUAGUGUGUAGUUAUCUGGCAUUUUGUACAGCUAUUGUGAUCUAUUGCAUGUUGUUUAUGUGUAAUAUGUACUAUGUAAUAAACGCUAAUAAAUAUUGCCAUUCUGAAAA